CACAGAUUCACGGCUCAGCAUGGCGUCACCAGCAGCGGCCGACCUCCCAAAUGGCAUCUCAACCCCUCCCACGACCGCAACAGGCGCUCCGAACCCCAGCCCACCAACCGCUUCCUCCACGCAAGCUGCAACGCAACCACAGUCCCAAUCCCAAUCCCAACUCUCCAAAGGCCAAACCGUUGCGCAGAUAAACCCCGCACACCCAUUGACCUCGCUCCAAGAUAGUGGCAUGACCAAACGCCCCCGCGAUGCCCGCCUCAUCCACCUGCUGCUCGCCAACAUGGGCGUGCAUGCCUACACUGAGCGCGUCCCCCUCCAACUCCUCGACUUCGCAUACCGUUACACAUCGGGUAUCUUGUCCGAUGCAAUCGCCUACGAGCCCCCACUACACCAAUCCACGUCGUCCAAGAAAGCGGCGAAAGAAGACGAUGGCAUUUCCCUCAACGCGUUGCGCACAGCCGUCGGUGCACGCGUCGCGCAGCAAUUUUCCCCAGCCCUGCCGAAGGAGUUUAUGAUGGAGGUGGCGAGUGAGCGGAACAAAAUUGCGUUGCCGAGAGUGGAGCGCGAAUUUGGGGUUCGCUUGCCGCCGGAGAGGUAUUGCUUUACUGGCGUUGGGUGGAGUGUUAAGGAGAGUUGGGAGAGUGAGGGCGAGGAAGAUGAGGGGUUGGAGGGGAGUGGGGUUGGCGCUGGCGGCCCGGUUGGGGAUGUUCCGAUGGGGGGUAUGGAGGAGGAGGAUGUGGAUGAGGAUCAGUUUGAGGAGGUUAUGGGAUUGAGAGGAGGGGAUGCAGAGAUGGCUGAUGGUUGAAAGAUGAGCUCAACAAGCCAGAGCACAGUGGACUGAUUCAGCUAACUGAUUGGUCUAAAAACGGAGAGGCUGCUCUCUCGUCCCACUAAAAGGUUCAAAGACGGUCACCAUGGACUUGGACGCUCUAUUGGCCCAGGAUUCGGAUUGGCAGCCUGGAUAGAAACACUGCACUUCACGGCGUUGUAGGUGGAUAUGAUUGGGGAUAUACCAGAGCUGAAUUCUUUCCUUUCCAAGGUAGCUAGCGUUACGUCUGUAUCAGAUGUCGCAAAUCGCACUAAAUAUAUAGUGCAGAGGUUUUCCGUUCAUCC